CGUGUGAUGUGUUGUCUUCCCCCCUCAUUCGUUGCGACGUUUUAUUAGACUUGCAAGAUGGCGACGGUGCAUCUGAGAAUCGGAGACCUGGUGUGGGGGAAACUCGGCCGCUAUCCACCAUGGCCCGGAAAGGUAGUGAGCCCUCCCAAAGAUCUGAAAAAACCAAGAGGCAAAAAAUGCCAUUUUGUCAAAUUCUUUGGAACAGAAGACCAUGCCUGGAUUAAAGUGGAACAGCUGAAACCCUACCAUGCCCACAAAGAAGAGAUGAUCAAAAUAAAUAAAGGCAAGCGCUUUCAGCAGGCUGUCGACGCGGUGGAAGACUUCCUCAAAAAAUCCAAGGGGAAAGAUCAGAACUCUGAGGGUAAGGGAGAGUCGAAAGGAAAGAAGACCCCAAACAAGCCACUAAAGAUACUGGAUGAGGAUGAUGAGGAUCUCAGUGCCUUGAGAGAUCCCUCUGAGAAGGACUUAACUGACUCUGACCCCGAGCCGUCCACUAUUGAGAGGCUGGGGGCUGGACCUGGAUUCAAAUGGGAAAGCAGUCCUGUGAAGGACGACCCACAUUUCCAUCACUUCCUGCUUAGCCAGUCUGAGAAGCCUGCCCCAUCCAUGGAACCAAUAAGCAAGCGUCUAAAAGUUAUUGAGGAGGACAGGGCAUCAACAUCCAUCCAGGCAGCAGAUAGCACGGCAAUCAACGGCAGCAUCACCCCCACAGAUAAAAGGAUAGGGUUCCUCGGUCUAGGGCUGAUGGGGAGCGGUAUCGUCUCCAACUUGCUGAAAAUGGGCCAUGUUGUCACGGUGUGGAACCGCACAGCAGAAAAGUGUGACCUGUUCAUCCAAGAAGGUGCCCGCUUGGGUCGGACCCCUGCAGAAGUCGCUUCCAUGUGCGAUAUCACUUUCUCUUGCGUCUCUGACCCAAAGGCUGCCAGAGAUUUGGUUUUGGGUCCCAGUGGAGUGCUCCAGGGAAUCCGGCCGGGCAAGUGUUACGUAGAGAUGAGUACGGUGGAUCCAGAGACCAUCACAGAACUCUCCCAGGUGAUCACUUCAAGGGGUGGACGUUUCCUGGAGGCUCCGGUGGCAGGAAGCCAGCAACUCUCCAAUGACGGAAUGUUGGUCAUCUUGGCCGCCGGUGACCGAACAGUUUAUGAGGACUGCAGCAGCUGCUUUCAGGCAAUGGGAAAAACUUCCUUCUUCUUGGGCGACGCAGGGAAUGCAGCGAGGAUGAUGCUCAUCCUCAACAUGGUGCACGGCAGCUUCAUGGCCACCAUUGCAGAAGGGCUCACACUGGCACAGGCCACUGGCCAAUCACAGCAGACCCUGCUCGACAUCCUAUGCCAGGGCCAGAUGGCAAGCACCUUUGUGGACCAAAAAUGCCAAAACAUUUUACAGGGCAACUUUAAGCCAGACUACUAUUUGAAGCACAUUCAGAAAGACUUGAGGUUAGCCAUCUCCAUGGGUGACAUGGCCAACCAUCCCACCCCCAUGGCUGCAGCUGCAAAUGAGGUGUACAAGAGGGCCAAGGCGCUGGACCAGUCAGACAAUGACAUGUCUGCAGUCUACAGAGCCUACAUUCAUUAGUCUUUCAUCCUUCUUCAUUUCUCCUUUUUAUUUCUUAGAUUCUCUCAUUUGAUUAUUCCCCCCACUAGGAUGGGAGUGUUUUUGUUUGAAUGCCAGAAAACAUUGCACUGAUCUGAGUGAAGUAGUGUAGGACCACUGAGGAGCAGCUUGUUUUGGCAAAUGUUUCUAUGUGCAGAUUUCAUUUCAUGGACUUUUUGGCUUUUUUCCCCCUUUUAAAAAUCGCAAAUUCCAAGAGUGAAAGACAGAAUAUGCCACUACAUUGCCUUAAUAGACUAAUCCCGCAAAUUCUCAAUAAGGACCUUAUUUAUUUAUGACUAGAUGUUCUUUGUGUUGACACAUUUCUGUACCUGACAAAGGCAAGUUCUGCUUUUACGUUGUUUGUUGUAGUGAGCCAUCCCAAUAACACCUUUUAGUAUGCAGUAAUAACUAGUUUGGAGAAGUUCUCAUUUGUCUUUCAAUUGUUAUCCUGCAACAACAUGAACCUUCUUUUCACCCCAAAUAAGAUUUUUACCCUGGAAAAGUGAAAAGAUGUCUGUUUUGUCAGUCAUAAAAGCUUUGAAAAUAUGUAUUAUAUGUUACAGAUUCCACACAUCAAGAUAAAACAAGACAGUUUUGAUGUGUCCAGUGUGUCAUGAUUAGAGAUGUAACGAUAAACGGCAAUAAUACCCUCAAUAAAACAUCCUACAGUUAGUAUUAAAUAACCUGCACUUUGAUAAACUAAUUUACCGGAGAAGCAAGCUAGCUUAAAUGCUAACAUGAAUACAAGACACAUUUCUUUAAGAAACGACACACCCCAAUUUAAACGUGUAUAAACGCAUUCUUGUCUGAGCAAAUAAGAUAUUUAAUUGUGUAGUUUGAACCUACAGAAUGAUGGAUCUAUAGAUAUGAUUAUGACCGUCAUAGAAGAUAAACACUCAAAUAAUAAAAUGGCUCUGAAGAAGUAAGAAAAAUGUUUCAUAUUUUCCUACCAAGGAAGUAUACUGUAUCUAGUAUUAUGCUAGUGUGUACUUUUUGAGCACAUUCAACAAAACCGGGAUAUUAUGUUCUUAUUGUUACAUCGCUAGUUUUACAGUAACAUCACUCGCAUUACGUUACAGUUUGAAGGGAGUGUCUUUAUAUCAUGUCGAGGUCACCAAUGUGGCAAUUUAUAAAAAGUAAACAUAUUUAUUUUAAUUAAUCAUGUCAGGGUCACCAAUGUGAUAAUUUAGUAAAACUAAGAACAUAUUUUUCAAAUUUUCUUGUAAUCAGACCUUGUUUUGACUGUCGUCAGCAGUCUUUUUCAGAAGGGUCACCUGACCACUGUGACGUGUAACCUAUCAGCUGUUCUUAUAGGCGUGGCCAACUAGGCAGACCGUUCAAGUCUACCUGGUUUGCAAGACCACUGGAAGGUUUACAAGGAACCCGAACAGGAAAUCUUAAAACCAGCCAUAUCAGAUCAUUGCAAAAUAAAUAACCACAUCAAGGACCGGGACAACGGCAAAAUCAUUGGCACAGAAAUUAACACAUUCAAACGAUGGAUUAAGGAGGCAAUCGAACUAAGGAUGCGGCCCAAGGAAACCUUGCAUACCUGGGAUUCCCUCCAUUAACCAUCAAGCGGCGGGGGAGGGGGGGGAACCAACCAGGUAGACUUGACAGGUCUGCCUGGUUGGCCACGCCUGUAAGAACUGCUGAAAGGCAACACGUCACGGUGGUCAGGUGACCCUUCUGAAGAAGACUGCAGAGACAGUCAAAACAAGUCAGGUAAACAUUCCAUCUAAUAUACUGAAAAGAUGGUCUGAUUACAAGAACAUUUGAAAAAGUAUAUGAAUGAGAAGACCUAAUGAACCUUUUUGAGCAGGGUAAAAACAUUUAUUUUAAUUAAUUAUAUCAGGGUGACCAAUGUGACAAUUUAGAGAAAACUAAACAUCUUUAUUUUAAGACCGCCAGUGUAAAACCGAAUAACAGGAUGUAGUCGUUCCUGACGCACCUAAACUCCUCACAAACCACGGCCCCAGACCGACUGGGUGAGCGACAUGACCACGCCCCCAUCGCCCUUCUGUCCCUCCGCUGAUCCAGACCACAGUCCUCCAAUCUGCUGUAAACAAAUGUGACCUAACAAAACUGAAGAAGAAGAAACAUUGCAACAAUCGGGAAAAAAACUUUUGGGGACUGCUUUUGACAGAAAACUCCAAAACUAUUUAAAGAAAAGCGUGACGAUGGAUUUUAUAAUCCGGCGAGUUAGAGGUGAGUAUGUUGUCAACAAAAUAGGCCCAACAGCACCCAUAAACAAUUUUCUUUGUAAUAUGAAACAAUAAAACUUCAGCAAACAGGAUCAUGGUCCUAAUUGCAGGUAGCAUUAAAUAUGAUUCAUACAAUAUUUGAAUUAAUAUAAAAAACAUUUGAUUUUCACCUAACUUUCUGAAAAAUAGGGGUCGGUCGUCUUACAUUCGGGCAAAGAUGUACUUUUAACCAAAUUCAAUUAUUUUUGGUCUGGUAGUUUUUGAAGAGAAAUCUGUUUCAUAAAACAAGUUUGAUAAAUGUUUUAUUGACAUAAAUGUCACCAGCUUGAUGUAUUUCUUAGAUCAGAGCGGGUACUACUAACAUAAGUCAUGAAAAUGUUGCUUUAUUUCUUGUGUGGGAGUGGAAGUGAAGUUUGAUGACCAAGCAAAUGACAGAAGUGGCUCAUAAAAAGAACAAUAUUGUGACAAUGUUUGAACCAGGUUGAACUGUAAAUGUCCUAAUCAUUAUGCAUGCUUAUUUAAGGUUUCAGGGUGAUUAACGACUUCUAGGUUUGACAUUUGACUUCAUCAUGCAGUGUAACAAAUGUAAAUAAUAGCACAUUAAGGACAAAAUAUUUUAUAUCUUCAAGUUACUGAAUGAUAACUUUUGGUUCCGACUCUUCAAAGCAACAAUAUUAUUGGUUUGUGUUAGCGGAAUUAUUAUUCAAUUGGAUCCAUUUUAAGAAGAAAUAUUUGACUUUGGGGAUGUUAUGAUUUUUUUGUGUACAUGUGGAAAUAAUAUCAAGGCUUUUGUGCUGUUUAAUAAAUCCUCUCCUGAUUACAA